AGCCGAGAUCUGCGAUUAACCAACGUCAUGAGGAGAGAUUUAUUUCGUGCCUUGGUGAAGAGGACUGCUGGCCAGAAAACCACUGGUAAGAAGUCAACCGAAGUGGGGUCAAGUGCAACGUCGGCGGCUAUCCCGGAAAGUCGGGAGUCUCCACAAGAAGUUGCACCUACCGAGGUGCUGCCGGUUGUGGAUGCUGCUGCGAUUAAUCAAGCUGAGCCCGAGCCAAAUGUACUGGGAACCGAGUUGGUCAUGUCCGAGCUAACGCACUUCGAGGUGCCAAGAGAUGAGCCAGAGAAACACUCAUCCCCUCUGAAGUCUGUGGAGUCCAACCAACCAGAGAAGAGGAAGAAGAGAAAAUUAGUGAAAAUGUCUGAUGCAGGAGCUUCCUCCAGAGUGGAGAAGAGAUCGAAGAAGAAGCACGACUCCGGUCAAGUCGUUACUCAAUUUCGUGGGUACAACCCUGAGAAAUUCUCGGGACAAGGAGAUCCUUGUCUAGUGGAGGAGUGGAUUCAGGGUCUCGAAACCAUUUUUGAGAUCACUGAAUGCACAGAAAGGCAGCGUAUUAUUUGUGCUCAACUGCAAAUGACCGGAGAUGCUUGGCUAUGGUGGAACUCCUACUGGGGCAUGCGUCCUGGGGAGAAAGAAAAUCUCACUUGGAUGCAAUUCAAGGAGAUGAUGGAAGAGAAAUACUAUCCAGCUCACUAUCGGACUGAGAUGGAACGUCAAUUCUUGGCAUUAUCCCAAGGAAAUCGUACAGUUGAUGAGUAUGAGAGAGAGUUUACUAGAUUGGGGUCUUUUGUCAAAUAUCUGGUGGACACAGAGGCUAAAAAGGCAAGACGAUUCCAAGAUGGGUUACAACGAGAAAUUCGUCAUCAUGUAGCUGGACACUGUAUUCAGACUUAUGCUGAUAUAGUGGCCAAGGCUCAAGAAGUAGACGCAAGUUUCCGGAGGGGCGAUGGCCAAAUUCAG